CAGUCCCAAGACCUCCUCCCUGUUUCCCCCUCCAUCUUGGCCGUAACGAUUCUGCAUCUUGGAUGAUGCACGCCGCGAAGCUUGUUUCUCGUCACGGAAAUCUGGCGGAUCAGGAACAGCUCUUGGGAACCAGUGAGCUCCCAACAUGACAGCGACAAGCAUCGCCAAGUCGGCUGGCUUCUGGGCAGGUGGGCUUCUUCUUGGCCUGGGCAUACCGUAUCUCCCGAACCUCUCGUCUCCUCGGCUCGCGUCCUUGGUCGGCGACUUCCCCAUCCCAGACUACCCCUUCGCCUUUCCGUUUUUCAAAGAUCAAACAACGGCCGCGGCCUCACCUCCCGAGAACGCACCAUUCGUAUGCGACACUUCCCACACCUACCGAACCGAGCUGGUCUCGCUGGACCCCCUAAUCAUCUACAUCCACAACAUCAUCACGCCGAUCGAGAUCGCCUCCCUCCUCGAGACCGCGGAGCCGAAGUUCGCCCCGUCCCAGGUAACCAAAGGCGGGCGGAAGCAGCACACAUCGGACCGGACCUCGAGCUCGGCCGGCCUGCCGCGCGACGACCCGGCCGUGCGGUGCGUGCUCGACCGCGCGCGCACCUUCCUGGGCACCAUGAUGCGGGACGGGUGGGACGAGAUGGGCCCGCCGCAGCUGGUCCGCUACAGCGAGGGCCAGAAGUUCAACGUCCACCACGACUGGUACGAGUACCCGCAGUGGGCGCCCGACGGCAGCACCCGCAAGUGGAACCGCGUCGCGAGCUUCUUCGCCAUCCUGGAGGACAAUUGCACGGGCGGGGAGACGCAUUUCCCCUAUGCGCAGCCCAUAACGACCCCGAGUCCGAAGGGUGAGAUUAUGUGGCGGGGUGGGGUGGCUCAAACGGAGGGGGAGGAGGAGGAGGUCCGGCCGCUGUGGAGGGAACACGAGGAUGGGGGGUUGGCGUUCAGACCGGUUGCUGGGAACGCGGUUUUCUGGGUGAACCUGCAUGCGAACGAGACCGGGGACCCGCGGACGAAGCAUGCUGGUCUACCAUUGGAAUCAGGGCGAAAGACGGCUAUGAAUAUCUGGCCAAGGCGGUACUACUCAACCGACUAAGGAUAGAUACAAUGAGGAUGCAAAUACAGCGCGAGC